AUGCACCCUUCGACUCUCCUUCUAGCCUUGGUCCUGGGCCCACACGGCGCCCACUCGACCAGCACGGUACCCGAUAUUUUCGUGGAGCCUCAUGCGGGAGAAAUAGUACAGAGUCGGCAAGAUCCAACGGGUCUCUCCGGGUUCGGCCGCUCCGCGGAGCAACUCGGUGCUGCUGCCGUCGACGAGCCGCUUCCCGCAGCGGCAGCGAAGCAGCUUCGUCGCCGGCAGGACGUCACGUUCGCCGGAAAUGUCGAGCCUGAAAUGGUCCAAGAUUGGGCUUCUCAGCAUUGUCUCCGAUGUCGCGCCGCACCGUCCAUGCUGGGCUGCAUCUUGAAUCAUCACGAGGCAUGCAUGGAUCGCCAUCGCUUCACGAACCUAACGUUGCGCCUUGAGCUGGGCAACGACCUCGAUGAGUUGGACAUGGAUCUGCUUGUCCCGCUCCUCAAACAGCCCGAGAGGGGCGAUGUUGUGGAAGUCAACGUGAACCUUGACAGAAUCUUUGGCCGGAAUGACGUCCCCGUGAGCCAGAUCUCAAGCAUCAGAAUAGUGCAGCAUCCUGUGCACGAUAAAUUCUUGAUCAAGACUUCACUGCUAGGCAUUUCCAUGGAGAUGCGCCAUCAGGAGACCGGCCUGACAUUCCGCCAUCAGACGCAAGCAUAUUCCAACCUCCCUCCCAUCACCCUUGACGGCGGCCGAAGAAAUUCAGGGCAUUUAACGCUGACACGGCGACCAGAGAAAGCAAAAGAUACAGAUGAGCAGUACCACAAGAUCGAGUACGACAUGGUGAAUCAGUUUGCUUCGAAGCAUGGCCUCCAGUGCGAAGCUUCGACCUUGGCCGAAUUCAGCUUCGGAAUUAGCACGGAGCCAAGGUGGCAGAAGCAGCACCGUAUUGAUGCCCUGCAGUUGCAUAUCCAGAUAUAUGACGGCAUGGACGCCGGGACGUGGAGCAACAUCUUCAUCUACUUUGGACCCAAGAAAGUCGCCGAUCAAAAUGACCCCAUGGAACUUCUCUUCAAGGCGCCAUCAAGGGGCGAUGUUGUCGAUAUCGCCGUAAACAUAACAAAGUUGUUUGGCAGCAGCGAAAUUUCCCUUGAUCAGCUUCCAAUCCAAGGAUAG